AAGUGGCUUAUAAAUAACCCCACCUCUUUAUCGAACCUUGGACUAGAGGGGGAAGUAUUGACAAAGGAUGAGUUUUUUCCAGUUCAAUCAAGUCGGGAUUGCAUUGCGCACAUUACCCUCCCUUACCUGAUCCCAAUUUUCUCAAAAAAUUCAAACACGCGCGGAUAGAAUUGGACCCCGGACAGGCCCUUGCGUCGCCCCCUAUUGAUUUCCGUCAAAUCUGUCAGCACAAUAAAUGUCAAAUAGUUUAUAAAAUGCCCAUCCUUUACAAAGCCAAAGGUCGGCUCUCGGCCAAAGAGCAAAGCGCCGCUCGCCUUGAAAACUUCCGACAGGAGGUGUCAACCGACUGCCAUAUCAUCCCUCUAGAGGAACUCUGCAACCGGUUUGACACCGACCCGGUCGUGGGCCUGACACCGGCCAAAGCCAAAGAAGUCCUCAUGCGAACAGGGCCCAACACUUUAACCCCGUCCAAGAGAAAAUCGCAAAUUAUCAAAUACAUCGAAUCCCUUUUUCACGGUUUCUCGGCGUUGCUCUGGAUCGGGGCUCUGCUGUGCUACGUUAGUGUUCUAAUCCAAUAUUUGCACAGCGAUAAAAAUAAGCGAAAAAUCGAUAUGGACAAUAUAGUGCUGGGGGCGGUACUGAUCCUGGUGGUCAUAGCCACUGGCAGUUUUACCUUCUACCAGGAGCGCAAAAGUCAAACUAUUAUGGAUUCUUUUGCACGAAUGGUACCAGCCAAAGCCACGGUUAUCAGAGACAGUACUCCUGUUAUGAUUGAGUCACGGAACGUGGUUUUGGGUGAUUUGGUUGAUUUGAAAUUCGGGGAUCGAGUCCCGGCUGAUAUUCGUAUAAUUCAAAGCCAAAGUCUGAAAGUUGAUAAUUCCCCAAUAACCGGCGAGUCUGAGCCCCAAAGCCGCAGUGACACUUCAAGCGACGAUAAUUUUUUAGAAUCGCGAAACGUUGCCUUUUUUUCCACAAAUGUGGUCGAAGGGAUCGGUCGUGGGAUUGUUAUAGCCUGCGGUGACCAGACUGUCAUGGGCCGAAUCGCCGGCUUAACAGCCCGCCUUCAGCCCAACAAAACCCCAAUGGCCAAAGAACUGGAGCGCUUUAUGCGGAUUAUAAGCAUCUGGGCUAUAGCGCUGGGUGUGGCCCUUGGAAUAACGUGCUUAUUCCUGGGCCAUUCGGUCAUCAAAACCCUUUUAUUUUCCAUCGGCAUGAUCGUGGCCAACGUUCCUGAGGGACUCCUGGCCACGGUCAUCGUCUGCUUGACCGUCACCGCCAAAAGAAUGGCCACACAGAAUUGUUUGAUCAAAAAAUUGGAAUCGGUUGAAACCCUCGGUUGUACCUCGGUAAUUUGCUCAGACAAAACUGGGACUUUAACCCAGAACCGGAUGACAGUUUGCCACGUUUGGUACAACGGCCAAGUCGUCGAGAUUGAUUUUAAUAAUUUGCGGAAAAUCCCAAAACCCAUUGAUUUAGGUAAACCGGAGGUCUAACCCAUUUUGUUAGUUCGGUUAGGUUUCAGGAAUUUAAUUAGGUGUGCGACUUUAUGUAACCGUGCUGAGUUCGUGUCAAGUGAUGAGAAUAAACCAAUUGUGCAAAGAGCAGUGCGCGGGGACGCGUCAGAAGGCGCAAUUUUGAAAUUCGUCGAAGUUUUGAAUAUUUUGGGCGAAAAUUUCAGAAAAUCGAACCCGAAAUUGAUCGAAAUCCCGUUUAGUUCCUCGACGAAAUAUCAGAUUAGCGUCCACGCUUUGGACAACAAAAAAUGUCUCGUUGCAAUGAAGGGCGCCCCUGAAGUGAUCCUCGAACGUUGCAGUUCGAUCUUCCUCCGUAACGAAACAAAAACACUAACUCCCGAGUUGCUCCAACAGUGCAACUCGGCCUGUUUGGAGUUUGCCGAAAUGGGGGAACGCGUGCUGGGAUUUUGUGACUUACAGCUGGACGAUAGUUACACUCCCAAUUUUAAAUUUACAGUCGAUCCUGUUAAUUUUCCCCACCGCGGUUUGCGUUUUCUGGGAUUGAUCGCAAUGAUUGAUCCGCCGAGACCGCAAGUCCCUGAUGCUAUAACCAGGUGUAAAGCGGCAGGGAUUAAGGUGGCGAUGGUCACAGGGGACCAUCCUAUUACAGCAAAAGCCAUAGCCAUGAAAGUGGGGAUUAUAACCGAAGGGAUUGUGCAUCAAUUUGCAACUGCUGAGGCUGUACGGAGUUAUACGGCCCGGUUUAGUGAUCCGGGGGCUGUGGUGGUGCAUGGCAUUGUCCUGAAGGAGCUGCUUCAUGAAGAACUCGACGAGCUUUUGUUCAAUCACGCCGAAAUUGUUUUCGCGAGGACUUCGCCCACGCAGAAGCUGCAGAUUGUUGAAGGGUACCAAAGGCUGGGGGAAAUAGUUGCUGUGACUGGUGACGGCGUGAAUGACGCCCCGGCCCUAAAAAAGGCUGAUACGGGCAUCGCCAUGGGCAUUUGUGGCACGGAAGUGUCCCAACAAGCCGCUGAUAUUAUCCUGCUGGACGACAACUUCGCGUCCAUUAUCACAGGAAUCGAAGAAGGCCGCCGAAUUUUUGAUAAUCUCAAAAAAUCCAUAACUUAUACUUUGGCCUCCAACAUUCCGGAAAUUCUGCCAUUUUUGGCGUACGCCUUUGUUGGCAUCCCUCCCCCCUUAGGUGUUGUUGCUAUUCUCUGCAUUGACCUUCUAACAGACAUGAUGCCCGCCAUAAGCCUGGCUUACGAGAAAGCCGAAACCGAUAUCAUGCUCCGACCGCCGCGUAACCCGCUCCGGGACCGGUUAGUUAACCGGAAAUUGUAUUUUUUAGCGUAUGGUAAUCUCGGGAUGAUGGAAGCUUUGGGUGCUUUUUUGGUUUAUUUUCUCAUAAUGGCGGAGUUUGGUUUCAUGCCGAUGGGUUUAAUCAAUAUACGGAACGACUGGGAAUCCCAGGGAAAAUUGUUAAACGAUUCGUACGGCCGGACUUGGAACCACUCGCAACGAAGAGUGUUGGAAAAUACGUGCAAUACGGCCGUUAUGAUGUCGGUGGUUGUGACCCAAUGGACGAACUUAGUGGCUUGUAAGACACGAGUUAACUCAAUUCUGGUACAAGGGAUGGGCAAUAUGGUGCUAAACGCGAGCUUGGUGGUCGAGACUGCGCUCACGGCUAUACUUUCCUACACCCCUUACAUGUACCACCUGACUUUUUACCCCUUGAAAUGGUGGUGGUAGGUCAAUAAUGGGACAAACCGCAUAUUUUUUGUUG